AUGAACUGUACCGAUGCAGGUGCAGAAUGUCUUCGCAAUCGCCAGGCACGAGUUCAUAGACCACGGGUCUCUCGAUUGGAGACAUUGUCCCAAAGGUUGGCGAGGCUAGAAGAGUCAAGCAAUAAAGAGGCAAUAUACUUUCCAGCAAAGAAUUACGCCACUAGCACAACGUCUUCUUCGCCUUCGGGCAACCUAACAAGUAAUACUGAAAUUCUCAACGACAAUCAGAAGCGAUAUCGAGCGUAUGAGCCCCAUGACACAGCUGCCCUGCAGGCACCACUAAGUAAGCACCGCAAGUCUCAGAGUGUGGCGCACCAGGCACAUUCUCCUGGCUCAACACAUCACGCGAGUGAGGCUAGGGAGUACAUUGAGCAUGAACUCCAAUGCAACCCGGCUUUAUCAAAAGAUAGGCGUACGGCCCUUGAAUCAGCGCGCAAGUUCGUCAGUCAGCUAUCCAAUCCGACUCUAUAUUGGGAGGAGACUGCGGCUAUGCCUGAUAUGGAUGUUCAAGAAACCAUACAACCACCUACUCUCACACCGGAAUUGCUCUACAUGAUGCUACCUGGAUCCGAUAAGAAAACCAACUCUCAGGGAACAAUCAAUUGGCCUGAUCACAUCUCCGACAAAGUACUAGAGCAAAUGGGCCUUGCAAUUAUCGAGGGCACAGAAUGUGAGCAAGUGCUCCAGCAUUACCGGAUCAUUGUCUGGGUGAAGGCCAUGAUUUGUAUAUCAAAAAUGGCCCCUCUCAUUAUAAGCGAGCCUUUGAGGGAUCAUUUUCGGUCACUCAAGAAGAGGUAUGAAGUCGCUGCCACAGAGAUUUUGAAUCAAAUUCCACUCGCAGCUGAACCUAGUCUUCUUUUGCUUCAAUCGGUUCUGUCUGCAACCCGUUUGAUGCAAUAUUUAGGAGACAUGACACGCUGCUGGAUGUUGACAGCACUAGCGUCACGGAUGAUUGUUUCCUUGAACUAUCACAACAUCACAGAUACCAGUCCUCGAAGUCAGAUAGAGGAAAAUAUUCACGCUAGUGUGUACAUGUGCUACUACUUCGACAAAACACUCAGCCUCCUGCUCCUCCGACCACCGUCUCUACCGAAUCUGAAAGUCAAACCAACCAAGUUGAUCCACAUCGACCCUGAUCUACCAACAUCUACUAUGAUGACAGGCAUAGUGGAGUAUUCAGAGCUGAAGAAUACUCUACUGUACAUAUUGCUCGAUAACAAGACAACCGGAGACACGGAGAAGGCCAAUAUACUGUCUGAUCUUGUGGCGCGGGCACAAAUAAUCCACUCCAAUAUGCAAACAUCUCGUCGUCACCAAGAACAGCAAUUCCCACAAUCAUGGAGCCAUCUGCGGCGCGAAUGGCUAUCAAUUGACUUCAACUACUACUCUAUUCUCACGACAAUCAUCCAAGCCCGCUCCUCGGUACUCAAGUCUCGCUUGGUUUGCGAGAACUGUCUGUACACUGCCCGAGAAGCCCUCUCCACUCUUCGAGCUUUACAGGAAGCAUGCUCAAGCCGCAUCAAUUCUAUCGAUUCCUAUCCAUACUUUCUUACCUGGACAAUGCUGCUAUUCCCUCUAGCACCGUUCUUUGUCCUGUUUUGCAACGUGAUCGCAACAUCAAACGAGAAAGACUUCAAUAUGAUCAAAAACAUCACCGGCGACCUACAUCAAUUCGCAGAGGCGAAUGCCUCGAUCGGCAAGCUGUACAAGCUAUUCUCCAAAUUCCUGGACCUGUGUGCACCUUUGGUCAAAGGGAAUCCCGAACCUUCCCGCUCAGAACAGCCAACAGCUGCACUCCCCGAAGCGAACACAGCUGGAAACACCGAGGGCAAUAUUGCGUCCUACACAGAUAUAUUUGGCCGUGCUAGCAAUGACCCUCCGGCUUUUGUCGGUCUUGGGGGUGCAGAUUCCACCGGAGAACUCACUGCGCCACCGUCUGUGGGGGGAUGGGAUGACAGUCUUGUGUGGGAAUUGUUCGAUAAUCAGCCCUCGUUGGGGUGGGCGGAGUCGGAACUGUGGAAUGUGAUGACGCAGUUUGAUGCGUGA